AUGGAGACACCAUCAGGGAUCAAGGAUUCAAUUCCAGCAUGGAUAAAGUUCUCGGUGCAAGCACCAGGCGAAAUUCCGUACAAUGGGAUAUAUUAUGAGCCUCCUGAAGUGGAAAAGUAUGUAUUCCAACAUCCUCAGCCAAAACGUCCCAAAUCAUUGCGUAUUUAUGAAUCACAUGUUGGCAUGAGCAGUACGUUGGUUAUUUUACAUUCAUCUCUUUUUCAUGUGAUGGUUUUGUUCAUUCGGAUGGCUAAGGAGCUGUGGAUGCAAAAGACAUACAGGAGGUUAGCCUCAGAGAUGUACUAUAAGAGGAUGGAUAGAGAUGUGGAGGAGAUUGGCCAGGAAAGUAGGCGUGAAUUGGCUCCUCAACUUGUGGAUUUUGGCAAAGAGUUGAAUUUGAAGAAAUCUGACGCACAGCAUAAAAGGUAUCACGUAACCAAUUUUUUCGCACCUAGUAGUCGCUUUGGAACUCCUGAUGAUCUCAAAUCACUUAUUGAUAGAGCACAUGAGCUUGGUUUACUUGUUCUCAUGGAUAUUGUGCACAGUCAUGCAUCAAAUAAUACCUUGGAUGGUUUAAAUCACUUUGAUGGGACAGACACUCACUAUUUUCAUGCUGGCUCACGUGGUUAUCAUUGGAUGUGGGAUUCUCGUCUUUUCAACUACGGGAAAUGGGAGGUAUGGUGCUUAGGUUUUUACUCUCAAAUGCAAGAUGGUAUCGGCUGUGGAGGAGUACAACAUUUGAUGGCUUUUAGAUUUGACUGGUGUGACAUCAAUGAUGUAUACUCAUCGUGGCUUAGCAGAUUUCGAUCUUGGGUGGUGGGUUCUUUCUCCAAGAGGAGUUAUUGGAGACUUGCUCCAGCUGACGCUCACUGGAUCGUCGACGUGGAUUCGUCGGCCCCCUCCGGUCCGGUGUCAAUACCUUCCCUUUUGGUCGUUCAAGUUAGCAUUUUACUGGGAACUACAGUCAGUGGAAUGCCAACAUUCUGCAUCCCUGUUGAAGAUGGUGGCAUUGGUUUUGAUUACCGUCUUCAAAUGGCAGUUCCUGACAAAUGGAUCGAAAUUCUCAAUUUUCUGGAUGUUUCCUUUUUAACUUGUAUGGUUACUUGUAUUGGUGAGAUAAGAGUUGUAGUAAGGCUGCUAUUACAAGAUGAGGAGUGGAGGAUGGGAGAUAUUGUGCACACGCUUACAAAUAGGAGAUGGUUAGAGAAAUGUAUUGCGUAUGCUGAAAGCCAUGAUCAAGCUCUUGUUGGUGACAAGACAAUUGCAUUCUGGUUGAUGGAUAAGGAUAUGUACGACUUUAUGGCUCUGGAUAGACCAUCUACACCUCGUAUAGAUCGGGGAAUUGCUUUACACAAAAUGAUAAGGCUAAUAACUAUGGGAUUAGGUGGAGAAGGAUAUCUCAAUUUUAUGGGAAAUGAGUUUGGUCAUCCAGAAUGGAUAGAUUUUCCAAGAGGAGAUCAACAUCUACCUAACGGGAAAGUAGUUCCUGGGAAUAACUAUAGCUACGACAAAUGCCGGCGUAGAUUUGACUUGGGAGACGCUGUUUAUUUAAGAUACCACGGAAUGCAAGAAUUUGAUCAAGCAAUGCAGCAUCUUGAGGAGAAAUAUGGUUUCAUGAUUUCAAGGCACCAAUACAUUUCACGGAAAGAUGAAGGAGACAAGAUGAUCAUUUUUGAGCGGGGAGAUUUAGUUUUUGUGUUCAAUUUCCACUGGUCUAAUAGUUAUUUCGGUUAUAGAGUUGGUUGCUUAAAACCUGGAAAGUACAAGGUUGUGCUAGAUUCUGAUGACAAACUUUUUGGCGGAUUUGGCCGAAUCAAUCCUUCUGCAGAAUACUUCAGCACUGAAGGUAAAUAUGACAAUAGGCCUCAUUCCUUCCAAGUUUAUGCCCCAAGCAGAACAGCAGUUGUGUAUGCCCUUACGGAGGACUGA